AUGUAUAAUUAAAGAAGGAAUAGGAAAAUUAUUGAAGAUGAAGAAUUAGAGGAUUAAUCUUCUAACUUCUAAUCAUUGGGAAAUUAAAACUCGUCAUCAUAAAAAAAAUCUUCUCCUAAUAAGCAAUUAUGCACUAUUUGCUUAGAAUAAUUCACUCCCCCUUUAUCCAAACUCAAAUGUAACCACCUUUUUUGUUAAAUAUGUUUUGAUUAAUUUAUGAAAGUAGCCAAAAAAUUAUAAUGUCCCUUAUGUAGAUAACCUUUUUCAUAUUAUGAUAUUUAUAUUAAUUAAGAUGGAGUGUUGGUGUGGAUUAACAAAUCUGAAAAUUUCUAUUAAAAAAAUACAUAAGAAAGCUACUCAUAGCUAGAGGAAAGCAUAUUUUAGGAAAGCUUUUUAAACACACCAUCAUAAAGUAUUGUGAGUGCCUCAAUUUCUGAAGUUUGUUAAGUUUGCCUUUGUAAUGAAAAUGAUGAUUAAGUGAUCUUUUGUCUAUAAUGUAGAAUUCUUAUUGGUCAUGAUUAUUGUAUUUAGGAUGAUGAGAGAAUUUUAGGUUUAUGUAAUAGUUGUUAAAAUUAAUGA